UCUCCGGAGCUGUCCGUCACCCGAAGGUCCCGCCUCCUCCUGGGCUUCUUCUUCCAGGGAUUAGCGCCAGAAAAGAAAGGAAGAAAGGAAGGAAGGAGACAGAAGAAAAAGGAGGACAAAUGGGCCGAAAGAAGGCCUGAAGCAGGUCCGGCCAUGCUGACCUCCAUGGCGGAGGGGCUGCUCUGCUGCCUGAUGGGCCGGGCGCCCCACGCGGUCAGUCCCUUGGAGAGCGUGGAGUCGGCCGACGGCUUCAGCUUCGUGGAGGUCAAGCCGGGGCGGGUGCUGAGGGUCAGGCACGUGGUUCCGGACCGCCCACCACGGACGGCGGCCGAGGAGGAGGCGGAAGAGGCCUCGGUCCAGAAGGCCAAGGCCAUCCGCUGCCGGCGCCGCAUCACCGUCUACCGCAACGGCCAGAUGGUCAUCGAGAACCUGGGCGAGGGGUCAACGGAGGUCCCGCGGCCCAAGCGGAAGCCCAAGAAGGUGGUCCACGUGGACUGCGCCAAGGUCAUCUCGGCCUGCAAGGGGGGCCAGCGGGACGUGGCGCUCUUCUUCAUCCACGGCGUGGGGGGCUCGCUGGACAUCUGGAAGGAGCAGCUGGACUUCUUCUCGCGCCUGGGCUACGAGGUGGUGGCCCCCGACCUGGCCGGACACGGGGCCAGCUCCGCCCCACGCGUGGCCGCCGCCUACACCUUCUACGCCCUGGCCGAGGACAUGCGGGCACUCUUCCGCCGGUACGCCCGACGGAGGAACGUCCUGGUGGGACACUCCUAUGGGGUGUCCUUCUGCACGUUCCUGGCGCACGAGUUCCCGGACCAGGUGCACAAGGUGGUGAUGAUCAACGGCGGGGGCCCGACGGCGCUGGAGCCCAGCCUCUGCUCCGUCUUCAACAUGCCCACCUGCCUCCUGCGCUGCCUGGCGCCCUGCCUGGCCUGGAGCUUCCUCAAGGCCGGCUUUGCGCGCCAAGGGUCGAAGGAGAAGCAGCUGCUGAAGGAGGGCAAGGCCUUCCGGGUGUCCUCCUUCGUCCUGAGGGCCAUGAUGGGCGGUCAGUACUGGCCGGAGGGGGACGAGGUCUACCACGCCGAGCUGACCGUCCCGGUGCUCCUCGUCCACGGGAUGCACGACCGGUUCGUCCCCCUCGAGGAGGACCAGCGCAUGGCCGAGAUCCUACUGAUCGCCUUCCUGAAGGUGAUUGACGAGGGCAGCCACAUGGUGAUGCUGGAGUGUCCCGAGACGGUCAACACCCUCCUGCACGAGUUCCUGCUCUGGGAGCCUGAAGCUGCCGUCCCACCGGGGUCACCGAAUAAGAAGAAAUAGACGCCGUGGAGGCGGGAGGACCGUCUAUGAUUUGGGACCCGCUUUGGGUCCGUUGUUCCGUGAGGGACCCUGCGGAGACGGCCGACGUACCAGAACGGAUGUAUCGUUUCCUCGACGGGGCCGAGGCAGGUGCAACGCCAUGAAACUCGAACCCAGGGGAUGAUGGGACUCCGGGUUGAGAGGCGAGGGUCGUUAUGAUGGCGGGAUCCAUAUCCUUCGCCUACGAGGCUUUCCAAAGGUAGAGAGAGCCACGUUUUGCUUUCUUGUUCAAUCCCCUCCGAGUCUUGUUUUUGCCCAAAUUCCAGAGCUUUUCCUUUUGCAAUGAUGUAAAUAAUAAUUUUUGGACGGGAAGCGAGGGAAAA